AUGUUCUCCUUGCACGAUCUGCAUUGGAUCGCUGCAGUACUUAAUCCACAUACAAGAAUGCUCAAACAUGCUACUGAUGUUGAACGUGCGCAUGCCUAUUUUCUAGAGCGCGCUAGAGUAGCUAAACUUAUGGAAAUGGCACAGAUUGAUAAUAAUGAAGAAGUAUUAUCUCCAGCAACUAUUUUUGAUAAACAGUUUGUUCAAAUAUAA